AUGGACAUCCGCGGAAACCGGGACAGGGACGUUCGAAGCGGUGAUAGGGACGUUCGAAGCGGUGACAGGGGUAGGGAUUUCCGUGCUGAAGGGAAAGACAGAGGUGUCCGCGAUAAGGAGUUGCGAGACACGAACGGGGAUAAGGAUAGAGAUCUGCCAAAAAACGAGUCCAGAGGAGCGGUCAGGGAUAGACUGGAGAGGUGGAGGGGGAGAGUGAGGGACGACGAGGGAAAAGGGGGCAGGGGAACGGAGAGAGUGGGGGACGACGAGGGGAGAGGGGGCAAGGGAAGGGAGAGAGGAUCGAGCUUUUGCGAGGAAGGUUCUGAGGAAGGUUCCAUGGACCGAAAGCGACGGGCGGAGCAGACGAGGGAGGAGAGGCAGGAGGGGAGGAAGGAUGGGAGGAAGGAUGGGGGGAAGGAGCAGAGGGAGGAGAGAGAGGAGAAAAGGGUGGAAUAUUCGAGCGACGAGGGAAGAGGGAAGAGAAAGGAGGAGAGGAGGAAGGAGAGGGGUGGCAUGGAUAGAGAGCUUUCAGACGAUUCUCCUGCCGCAGCAGCAGCAGCGUCUCCUGCUGAUGAAGGAGAUUCUGAGGAUGAUUCUUAUGGCCCUGCUGAGAAAGAAGAUCCGGAUAGAAGUCCCAAGCGGCCCAGAACAGGCAGCAAGGCGAACGGCUCACAGAAACGUGAAGGGAAGAGCUUAGAGAACCGCGAGGGGAACAGCCCUGCCAAGGGCAAACCGGUCGCUUCAACCAAGUCCAAGAACCCUCCUGGGAGUGCAUUGCCCUCUGCAGGUGCAUCGCCUGCUGCAGGUGCAUUGCCUGCUGGGGACGCACUACCCCCUGAGCUGGCGGCGCUGGUGAAAGCUCGUCUCGCUGCUGCCAAGGCAGCUGGCGGGCUAAGUGUGAACCCUGCAGCGGCGGCUGCAGCGGCGGCAGCAGCUCAGAUGGUUGCAGCAACGAGAGCGGCGGCAAUGGUGAGCAAAGGCAUUGGAGGAGCCGCAGGGAGCAAUGUUGUUGGAGGGGCGGCUCUCGGAAAGACUGGGAUGACGGCAGAGGAGAAGAGGAAGCUGCUGUGGGGCUCAAAGAAGGGGUUGAAGGGAGCAAAGGCCGCUCCAGCCACGGCAGUAGCAGCAGCAGCAGCAGCCAAUGCACCAGUGGGGGUGGUGAUGUCAGAAGAAAAGCAGAGGGAGCUGCAGGAGCAGCUGGAGCGACAAUACGUGGCUGGGCUGAGACGCAAGGAUGGGAGGACGGUGGGUUUGGGGCUUUAA